UUCAUGAAAUAUGAAUUCUGAAAACAUCAAGCUUCCUAAAAUAGACUUUUCUCAUGAAGACCUAAAGCCAGACACACUUGUAUGGAAUCAAGUGAAAAGCCAAGUCCACAAAGCACUAGUAGAAUAUGGUUGUUUUGAAGCUUCCUUUGAUAAAAUUCCAAUACAUCUUAGAAAAUCCAUUUUUGAAUCCUUACAAGAGAUUUUUGAUCUCCCUUUACAAACCAAACUUGAAAACAUUUCAACCAAACCCUUCCAUGGCUACAUUUCAACCAAAAUAUUUCCUUCAUUUCCACUCUUUGAAAGUAUGUGCGUUGAUGAUGCUAACAUUCGGGGUAAAGCUGAAAAAUUUGCUCAAAUUCUUUGGCCUCAAGGAAAUCCUUCUUUCUGUAAAACUGUUCAGUCAUACUCUGAGCAACUAUCAGAGUUAGAUCAGACGGUAAGGAGAAUGGUUUUGGAGAGCUUAGGCCUAGAAAAGUACAUGGAUGAGCAUAUGAAUUCAACCAAUUUCGUUCUUCGAUUGAUAAAGUAUAACACACCUCAAAGCAGUGAGUCUGAAAUAGGAAUAAGUGCUCAUACAGACAGGAGCAUUGCUACUAUACUCUACCAAAAUGAGAUAAACGGUCUUCAAGUCAUGACCAAAGAUGGGCAGUGGAUCAAUGUCGAACCUACACAAGACACUUUCACUGUCAUGAUUGGAGACUCUCUACAUGCAUGGACAAAUGGCCGGAUGCAUGCACCAUAUCAUAGAGUGAUGAUGAGAGGAAACAAAGCAAGAUACUCAGUUGGUUUAUUUUCAGUACCUAAAGGUGGAUACACAAUAAAGGCACCAAGAGAGUUGGUAGAUGAAGAGCAUCCUCUACUGUAUAAGUCCUUUGAUGUUCAAGAAUUCCUUGCUUUCACCAACACUGAAGAAGGCAUGAGAUGUGAAUCUGCUUUCAAGACUUAUUGUGGACUCUAA